UAAUGGCCUUCUUAUAAGGUUGCCCAAUUUGUAAUCACCGUGUAUGAAAAAUCAAAUCGGAUCCGGAACAGGCGUCGAGAUUGUGCAGCUAGGGUGGGAAGUGUUUGCGACCUCAUCUAGGGCAGAUUUACAGUUUAGUUGUUAAAAAAUGAGCUGUGGUGGUAUAGGAAAGGCACAACCUGCAACACCAGAAGUACAGAACAUUGUUGACAAUGUAAAAAGCGAUGUCCAGUCAAAGACUAAUCAGGUGUUAGAUGAAUUUACAGCUGUUUCAUAUGCUACUCAGCUAGUUGCAGGAACUAACUUCUUUAUCAAAGUUAGGAUCGGUUUAGGAAGAUUCAUACACAUCAGAGUCUAUCGAACCCUUCCUCACGCUGGUGAAACGUUAGAAUUUUCGAGCAUGCAAGAAAAUAAAAACGAAGAUGAUGAAAUAACUUAUUUUUAAAUUAUUUUUGUGUGUAAAAUUGAAUGUAGCUUCUUAAAAUUCAUAACCUCAUACCUCAUCUUCUCUGCACAACUCUAUUACCAGCUCUUUGACAGGUAUUCAGCUUUUGUUUAGCACCUUACAAAUUCUUACAAAGUUUUGUUCAUACAUUUAAUCUAUAUAUUGAAAAAAUAAUACAAAUCUUCUAUAAAAA